AUGGACGAAAAAGCCUGGUGCAUCGGCCCUGGCGAUAGUCCAGUUAACGGCUUCGAAGAAGGCAUUAGUAAAGCGUUCAGUGGCACUGAGAAGAUUGAGAAAUAUGUAGAGGAGGGAAAGGCCAGUGCUUGUUUUCUGGGACCAGAUCCGCCAGAUUUAAGGGGGGGAUACUGUGAUCUCGAGACUGAGGAGGAUUCUGUUUGGGGUGAAGACUCAGUAGGGUUGCAUAUACCCGCAGGCUCUGAUACUUACACGCGAAGCCAGCUAGGGCAUGGGAGGGUCAUCUUUUCUGGUAUUCUCUCCACUAUCUCCCCUGUUAGGCCCGACCUAUCCAUGAUAUUGAGUGCCCCGGUUGGUGGAGGAAGUAAGCUGUCAACUCUUACUUUCCAGCCCCAACCUAUUCCUGAUUUUUUGCCGCCUACGGCCCUGACAACUGAUCCCCCAUACCGUCUUUCAAUGGAUACGUACAUAAGAUGGAAGGAAAGCAAUAGGCUGCCUGAUACUCCACUAUUGAUUCUUGAGCUAGAUGGCAGCCCGAUACUUUGGACAGAGGAUAAGGAAGCAGGCUACUCAUUUACAAUUAUUUUACGCAGGGUUCUAAAUGAUCAACAGUUUUGGCUGCGCUGGCAACCAUUCAUAGAUCCUAGCAAGGAAGAGUUUAUUCUAUUGUCUCACAAUGUCGAAAGGAUCGGUGUUGAGGAGCGCUCGAGAUAUCCAUCAUCAUUAUCAAUGAUUGAACAGUUCCCCAAUGAGCCGGCAUCUUUCUAUGUUGAAGAGGCUAAGAAAAAUUGGGACCGCAGUAAAAUAACUGUGCGAGAGAGCUUACCCGAUACCUGGACCAAGCUCCUAGAACCGGGGCGCACUUAUACCAUUCUCUGGACGGGCCAAGAAAUUCCAUACUGGGAUUGGGGUACGCCGCAGCAGAAAAUGGAAACGAAAUUAGAGAGGUCUCCAAUAGUGAUUCCAGGCGGUGCACACCUCACCUUUACUGUACAGGAAGGGAGGCGCCCCCCCAUUCCUUCACCUCCGACACCACCGCCAAUUGAUCCUAGCGAGAGAGUUCCUGGCGCACCAGUCCUGAGCCUUGAGCUGAUCUGCAGCUCAAAAAUGCCUCCUUCUGGAAAUCUAGAGAUGUCGAUCAAGGUCACAUACCACGGUCCAUCAGCCGACCCUAUCACUUUCCACACCUGGGCGUUCAGCCCAAUUAAUGCCUUCAGCGUCUAUCGUCGUAUUUCUCCCGAAGAGUCUAAUCUGGGGACUGAGAAAGAAUGGAAGACAUGCAUAGGCGAUCGGUCAGCACAUGUCUUCUGGGAUAAUCCUGACAGACAACUUAAUGUGGCGGAAAACGAAGAAGACCGGUUCACAAGCCUCUUUCCCGGGGAAUCCUGGUCUGAUUCCUGGUCGUUACCGGCGGAUGGAGAUUGCCGGCCCGAGGACGCCCGACCUGGCGAGCAGCUCCGAUACCAAUUCACAGGAAAUACGCUGGACUGGUGGGAUUGGGGUACAAUCGAGGAUCACGCGCAAACUAUUGUAACGCUGCCUGGCUCGGGGAUUGAACCUAUCAAGCACCCGAAGGACAAUGAUGGCCGACCGAAAGUGGUCAUACCGGCUUCUAAUAUAUUGGAGUGGACUGUUCCCCAGUGCUAUGACUCUCAAUAUCAUUAG